AUGACAAUCAAAACAACACUCACUCCAGAGGACAUAAUAGCACAUAUUCUUGAGGAAGCAGAUCAUCGAGCAUCACACACUGGAUAUCAAGACCCGGGAUUAGCUCUCACCGCUAAAGCUAAAGAAAAGAAAAACCAAAGAACGAGCAAAAGCACCCCAUAUAGGCGUGAUGCAGAAUGCUACAAAUGCGGAAAGAGAGGCCACUAUGCCAGCAAACAUAGAGACCAUGAUGAUACUUCUGAUAAACCAAAUUAUUGGAAGGAGAAGGGAAAAAUACAUGCUAAAGUGGCCAAAGUAGACAAAUCAUCUGAUGACAAUGAUUUCUAUGCAUUAAUAGCAUUAGAUUCUAAUGCAAAUAACAUCACUCACCAGGAAACUCCUUUUGAACGACCCACUAUUGAUGAUGAGCACUGUUGUUAG